AGUGGUGUCAUAGAGACCCGAGUGGAGGGGAAAGGCUUGAUAUAGUUGCAGCAGUCAUAAAGGGCAGAACUGUUCCCUGCAGUUCUGGCUUCUAUCUUCUGCAAGGUGGAGGCAUGGAGAGGGUAAUUCUGCUCGGGGCUCAUGUGCAGAGCCGAGAUACUGAACAAGAGGGAAGUGGAGGGAGAGAUAGAGCUGGUUCAUUUUCAGCUCGUCCCCAUAGACUGUGGAAGGGAUUAUACUCUCACUCAGAGAGAGGGAGGGAGAUGCAUACGCUGAGUACCCUGCCUCCAAUCUUCCACACUGCACUGUGCCAUCUCCUCGUCUCCUCAGCAGCACUCACUUCUCCCUCUUCCCUCCACCACACACUAGUGUGCAGACACAAACACUCGGCUGCCAUGUAGAGCUCUGGCCAGAGGGGGACCCCCACCUGCACUGGACCUCGAGCCAGGCCGUGAGAAGAGAAAGGCUCCCAUGAUCUCAGCUGGAGAUGCCGAGUUCCCGCGGGAUUACCACACCCUGGCCUCAGGAGGGAGCAGAGGGUCGCGCCGUUACCCGGACAACAACAACGGGGGGUUCAAGACAUCCUCGCUGGACCGUCGGCACAGUUCUGUGGCUGCAAAAAGUUUGGAGGCCCUGAACAACAUCCAUAAAGCGGACAUUGAGCGGCAGCGAGAUGCCCUGAUGGACCUGCAGAAAAACAAGUUCUCCAACAGCCCUGGCAGCCUGUCGCUGGGCUCGGCUGCUUCUGGACGACAGCAACAGCCGCACUACUGGAGCUUCAAGUCUCGUACGCCGCGUGUGACACGACUCAGCCCGCCACAGCCGGCUCUCACUGACCAGGCCAGCAGGGUUUCCUUUGCGUCUGCCGAGAACUUGGAGACCAUGUCGGAGCCAGACAUUCCCAUCGGUUUUAACCGGAUGAACCGGCUUCGCCAGAGCCUGCCGCUGGCCCGCUCGUCUAGCCAAGCCAAGCUGCGGGCGCCAGGGAUCUUGUUCCUCCAGCUCGGGGAGGAGACUCGGCGGGUGCACCUGACCCAUGAGCUGACCAGCCUGGAUACCCUAAGAGCACUCAUCGUGCACAUGUUCCCCCAGAGACUCACCAUGGCCAUGCUUAGGUCCCCCAGCACGGCUCUCCUGAUCAAAGAUGAGACUCGUAAUGUCUUCUAUGAGCUGGAGGACCCGCGGGAUGUACAGGACCGCUGUGUCAUCAAAAUUUACUGCAAAGAGCCCAUCUAUGGCACAUACCCCGGACACCACAACCCACACCUGGCCAAUGGAGACCUACGGAGGGAGAUGGUGUACGCCCCCCAGGACUCUCCCUCUAACCGCCGUCUGAGUAACCCCCCCAUGUCCUCGCAGCACUCGUCUGCCUCACCCCCCCAUGGCUCACCUUCCCGUGCCCGCCUUCUGUACAGCAGCGCUGGCAGGCCCUCCUCUUACGCCGGGCCUCCCCAUCACACCCACUCCUUGCCUCACCCACACUCCCAAUCUCACCACUCCUCUCCUCACCAGCAGCCUCAGCUCCACCAGCCGCAUCACUCCCCCCCGGUCUUCUGCACCUCCUCCAGUGCUAUUUUAGAGCGCAGGGAUGUGAAGCCUGAUGACGAGAUGGGGGGCUCCAGAAGCAUGGUGUUGCUGCGAGGAGACGAUCGGAUGGGAGGGGGGAUCUACGCAGAUCCGUACUCUUUGGGCCCGGACACAAGUCGUCUGGCUCUGGCUGGAGGCCCCCACUCCCCAAUGCCGGCCAGAGCUGACCCUUAUGGCUCCUUAUACCGUCGUGGGGGAGGAGGGGGAGGCGGUCACGGAUCCGUCCGUUCGCUGACUUCCUACUCUGCAGCUGCUUUACAAGGGGAGCUGAUAGAGAGCAGCGCCCUCUACAGGCCAGGAGGACCACUCUAUAAUGACGCUUACGCAGCUUCAAUGUUGGCCAUGGGGCUGCGGGUGCCACCGCCCUCCUCCCCCCAGAAGAUCCCUGACAUGAGGGAUUCCUACGGAGCCACCAUGCCUGCUCGGGGUUCCCCUGGGAGGCAGAAUUUGCGAAGGGACUCUGUGACCUCGUCUGUGUUUGGAGACAGCCCCAAAGCCAGAGGCCAGGGUUCUGGGCUGGGUCUCACUGCAGAACAGCUGUGCUUAAUGCAGGGGGGGGAAGGAGGGGUUGCAGGAGGCUUUGGGUCACCACUCCUGGGAAACGAGACAGAGACUCGAGAACGUAUGGAGGCCAUGGAGAAGCAGAUAGCCAGUCUGACCGGGCUGCUGCAGAGAGUUCUGAGCAGAGCGCCUGAACCUGAAAGCCCGGAGAAGGGUGAGUCAGCGAGUGACUGCUCAGGAACUGAGGCUGGACGAACUAAAAAAAAGAAAGCUUUGACACCAUCUGCUCCCCUGGCCCUGAUGCCGCCCCCCUCCCUGGGGCCCAACCAGCCUGUCCCUGUUUCCCGCCUGCAAAUGCAGCUCCACCUCCAGGGCCUGCAGCAGAACACCAAUGCGCUGCGCAAGCAGCUGUCGCAACUACGCAAUAUGCAGCUGGAGAACCAGGAUGCGGUUCUCUCCCUGCUCAGACAGACCGAGUCUGAGCUGAGCCUCAUGAUGCUGGAUGCCAUGCGGACUCAGGAGGACCCCCUCCAGAGACAGCGCCUCCUGGUGGAGGAAGAGAGACUCAAGUACCUCAAUCAGGAGGAGCUGCUCAUCCAGCAGCUGCACGAUCUGGAGAAGUCUGUGGAGGAGCUGCAGAAGAAUUCGUCCAUCAACCACGGGCUGGUGACAGAGCAAGAUGUGGAGCAGAAAAGCAAAGAGCUGAGGAUGCUGGGGGAGACACUCACUGAACUUAAAAACCAGUUUCCCAGCCUGCAGAGUAAGAUGCGUGUGGUGCUAAGGGUGGAGGUGGAGGCUGUAAAGUUCCUGAAAGAGGAGCCUCACCGCCUGGAGGCUCUGCUGAAGCGCUGUAACACCAUGACUGACACACUCAGCACACUGCGAAGGCAGGUCACUGAAGGUGUGUGGAAGGGUCCAGAAGACUUUUCCAGCCAAGCCCAGAAGAAGGCAGAAGAUCUGAGUCGCAGUUCAGACCUGGACAUCCUCAACAGUCCUCCACUCAGUCUCACUGACCUCAGCACCAGCGCCGGCCUGGCUAACUGGAAGCCUUUGUCAGCUGUUGAUCCAGAUGUUUGCGGCCCAGAGCAGGACGUCCAGUCCUCCAUGACCUUCAGAAACCGGAUCCUGGAUGAGCUGCCUGCUCGGCGUCCUGCUGACAAGUCUGUUUCUGCUGAAGUUCGACUGGCGGCAGAGCGGGACUGGGAGGAGAAGCGUGCCAGUUUGACCCAAUUCAGUGCCCAGGACAUCAACCGCCUGCUGGAAGAGACCCAGGCCGAGCUGAUGAAGGCCAUCCCGGACCUCGAGUUUGCAGCCAAGCACAUAAACAAGCCAGUAGUGCCCCCGAAGCCCCACAUUACCCUCCCCAUAACGUCCGCCACAGCCACGUCCUCUGCAGCUGGCACCACCGGGACAACAGCCACCACCUCCUCCAGCACCAGCGUGCCCACCGGCGACCCGCAGCCUGGAAAAGUUCAGCUGGCUGCCCAGAAGCUGAACAGCAUGGAGGGGGGUGGUUCACACCGGGGGUCAGUGGAUCUCAGCGCAGCCAAGUACAGAACCGAGAAGCCCUCCAAGUCUCCUCCCCCGCCUCCUCCUCGCCGCAGCUUCCCAUCGGCUCACGGCCUCACCACCAACCGCACAGGGGAGGUCAUCGUCACCACCAAGAAGAAUGAGGAUGAUAGCGACACGCCCAAGACUCUGGUGAAAUUAAGGAGAACCCCGUCCGACGCACCGCGGCCGUCCUCCACGCCGCCUGUGAUCGCAGCGUCUGCCAAUCAAGAUGAAGACGAUGAGGAGAGGAUCAUUGCAGAGCUGGAGAUAUUCCAGAGAGUGCCCGUUAAAGUUUGUAGAAAAGCGUUCCGCUCCCGACUGAAGGCCUCCCCACCUCGCCUCUAUGGGUCCUUGGGCAGAAAGAAUAGCACCAGCUCUCCUGGACCGAUGAAAGGCCCGACUGUGGCUGCCAGACUCAAACACCUCCAGCAAGGCAGCCUGGAGAGACCCAAGACCCGCAAGCAGAAAGAGGACUUCCCCAAAGUCCAGGGCCAGCAGCAGGUAUUCCACUUCUGAACCCUCCACCUCUGACGCCUCGCAUCUCCAAAGGAAGUUCCGCCUUCCCUACAGGAGGCUGGAGAUGAAAAUCAACUGCUCCAGAUGUAAUAAAGAAAAAAAAAAGGAUUUUACCUGAUCUUGAUGUGUUUUAACAUUUAAGUUACUGGAUCUCACCUGGCUUGCUCAGAGAUCAAGUCUUUGUCGUAGAAGUCUGUUGAUGUUUUGACUUGCAGAGGAAGGUCUCUGUGGUGCUUGUGGCUCACUAAACUAGCUUUAUUAUAACUUUUGGAGCCAUUUAGAGACAGCUUUUGCCUCAGCUGUGCAACAAGGUCAUCAUCAAAGCCACAGUAGGAUCUAUUCUGUUAGAAUGGUGAGGAUUCCCCCUGAUCUCCUUUUUAUCUCGCUCGUCCUCUCUGUCCCACUCCUUCCACCCAAAAGUCAGCAGGCAGGACCCGAAAACCCGAGGAAGACAGCGCUUCACUCUCUGACAGGUUCUCAAUCCAGCAGAAAUCGUUUUUUUUGCCUUCACACAAAUAUAAUGUUAUUACUGAUGAUGAGAACAAUGAAUGUAGGUUUUUGUUUACACACAACAACUGAGAACACAGAGAGUAAAGCAGAAAAUAAGAAGUUCUUUAAAUCUGAGAACUGUGCAUUCAGUCAGAAUCUCUUUCAAAUAAACUAAAUCCUGUGUCUUCAUUUAGAAUGGGAUUCUAGCCGGUCCACUUUUGAGAAGAGCUAAACUAGAAUAAUUAUUAAAAUCUUAAAUAGUUGGAGGUAAAUCUGCUCAAUUUUAAUCUAUCAUAACAGGAAACUGAAUUAUAUAUAUAUAUAUAUAUAUAUAUAUAUUGAUAUAUAUAUACACACAUAUAAAUGAUUUCGAUUUGCACAAAGGUCAACAUUUUUCUGUAGUGAUUUCUUCAGGUUUUCCCAAACUACUUAAGUGUUUUAGAACACUAAUUAAGUUUUUACUACAUAAACAUAGUUUUGUAAAUGUUGAUAUUUUGUUGAUAUAUUGAUACAUAUGAGACAAAAUGUGACUAUUUGCUCCUUCAUAACUGCACCUGCCAUCUGCAUAAACACACCUGAUAUUUGCAAAACUGCACCAGAUUUCUGCACAAAUACAUAUGUCAUCAGCAUAAACACACCUACCAUCUGAAUGAAUGUACCCAUCAUCUACAUAAAUGCAUCUGAUAUCUGCACAGAUGCACCUGCCGUCUGCAUAGAUGUGUCUGUCUCUAGAAAUGCACAGGAUAUCUGCAUAAAUGCAUCUGAUGUUUGCACAAACACACUAGCUGUCUGCAUAAAUGCUCCAGUUAUCUGCAUAGAUGUAACUUUCAUUUGCAUAUUUGCUUCUACCAUCUGCAUAGAUGCACCUGGCGUCUUCAUAGAUCGGCCUGCCUACUGCAUAAAAGCACCAGACAUCCGCAAAAAUGCACCAACUGUUUGCAUAGAUUCAGCUGUCGGCUGCAUAGAUUCAGCUGCCGCUGCAUAGAUGCACUUGGAUUCUUAAUGACAUCAUUGGGUAGAGCUUUUUUUUACUUUUAAACACAUUCAUUUUUCAUCUUCAAGAUAACAGCAUUUAGGAUCUGUGAGAACAGCAGCUAAAAGUCUGAGAAACUGUGAAGCCUCUUGCCCCUUUUCUGCUCCAAUAGACCUUCGUGUUGCAAACAGGUCAACAAGACACAUCUGGUCUAUGGUCACAUGCAACCAUGUGACCAUAGACCAGAUGUUUGAGAACACAAAAGGAGCUUGUUAGGCCAAAAAAAAGUUUCUAUAAAGCAACUAGACACAAGUGAAUUGAUUACCAGACCCUCAAAUACGCUUCAUGAUGGGGUAGUGUCACUGUUUGUGGAGUGUUGUAGGGAGCAGUUUGUUUGUUGCUGACUUUAUUUGUUAUGGAAACACAGAGACUCUUGCUGCUCCUGAACAAGACUUUAAAAAAUUCAGAAACAAAAAGGUCUGCUGAUCAGCAUUCAAGGAUCUCCUUCAUUUUUUCCGACAACAGCCUUUCACCAUUCCAGCAGAGAAAC